AUGUGUAUAAGAGACAGGAAAUAUAUCAAGGAGGCUGUUAGUAAGCUGCUUAGUACACACAAUGAACAUUUAGUGGAUCCAUGUAGAGAAAUCCAGAAUGCUGACAUAAUAGAUGAUGUCAACAAUGGUUUAGAAAGUAGAAAACCAGAUGGUGAAUCUAAAGUUGACACAAGAAAUAUUUCACUAGAAGAGAAACUAACAUGUACUAAUAAUAUUGAAACUACACAAGAUGCAUGUAGUUCUCAGGCAGCAGGCAAUUCUCAAGACUCUGAAAAGAAAUACAAUGAUCAGUCACAUGACAUUAAUACAUCAUCAAAUCAAACUGAAAUAAAAGGAGGUGGUGACCUGAUGGCAAGUACUGAAGCAGAAUUACAGACUAACCUGUCAACCAAUGACAACACUGAAGAGAAGUUAAAGAGUAAUGUGUCCAUCAAUCAGAAUGCUGAUGCAGAAUCACAGAGUAAAAUUUUGUCUACCAAUCAGAACACUGAAGUAGUGCUACAGGAUAUUAAAAGAUAUGACCUGCCAGAAAAAUGGGAUGAUUACCCACUGGAUGAAAAGUAUGCACACCCUGCAGUUACAUUGGCAAUGCUAACAAAAGAGCAAGCAAAAAUUCUUGAUGCACUGGCAGGGAUACCAGAUAACAUGAAGGAACAUAGUUUCCCCUGUCCAAUGGAGGCUGCAAUGUUGCUGGUUUAUUUUUCUCAUUACUUGAGUCUUAAAUACAGAGCAAAUUCUGAAGUACAAAGACUGUGUCAAAAGGCCAUUCAACAAGGAGAGCAGUUUGCUGUCACAAAAAUGCAGAAGAAAUACUUUGAGAAAUACAGUAGAUUUAUUUUUUAACCAGAAAAUCUUUAUUUUUGAUAACUAAAGAGAACUAAGAGCUUUUAAUGAUUUUAAUGAUAGAGGUUAUGAUUUGAUUUGUAUACUGUCUUCAGUGGUAUAUUCAAUUCAAUUUCGUUGCAGUUAUGUUUUGCCAUUGCUUGCAUAUCUUAGCCAUUCCUUUUUUCCCCAUCAUUUGUUAUGCCAUCCGUCUGUCCUUAGCUCUUGAUAUAUUUGGUGCCAAUUAUUAUGUGAAGUCCCACCACAAGUAGGUUACAUGGUUGGAAAAAUCAAAGAUUGAGAUAACAUAUUUUAACUUUACAUUAUAAGCUUUAAUUUGGUCGUUCUAAGGAUAAGUAGAUCCAGAAAUGCAAGCAUUGUAAGUUAAGAUGUAUGGAAAUCUGGUCUUGAGAAAAUCAGUCUCAAUGUUACUAAAUUGUACAACUAUACGACUAGUAAGAAAAUUAACUCAAAUGGUAGCUAUCAUAAAAUAUAAGUACUAAAGUAUUUAAAAGAAAUUAUGAGUUACCCUUAACAAAGCAAAAGGUGAUGAAAAUCAAAAUAAUACUGUAACAACAGUAAUAAAAAAAAUUUCAGUAUUACAAUUAUUGAACAAUAAAAAAAAUAUUAAACAUUUGUUAAUUUGUAUUAUUAUAUUAUGCUUUGUUGAAAAAAAAAAUUCACUUUUUUUUGGGUGUAGCAUCAUUAAAACUCACACUAUAGAUUUCAAAAUAACAUUUCACUAUACAUGUGUGCAGGAUCAUAAGAUUAGAAAAAAAUAUCAAAUUUUCUUGAAAUAAUGAAAAAAUGAAUAUAUACUUAUUGGGUCAUGCUAACAGUUGGAAAAACUUCCAUCAACUAAUAUACUGUAGUUAUUGGUGAAUUCCAAGUUGACUCUGCUGUGCAUACAAAGUCUGGGUGUUUAUCACUAUCAUUUACUUAUAAAAAGCAUCUCUUCAGAGUUCUUGUCAUGUUUGGUACAAGUUAAUUUGUUGGACUUUUUGCACAUCGAUAAAUGAAUAUAAAAUGGUAAAAUAAAUUAAAAAGCAACCUGCACAACUGUACCAGAUAAAGCACUUGUUGCUAACUUGAA